UCGCCAGCACGACAACAAGUUGGCUAACACGCACCGGCCACAUGAUGCGGCUGAUGAUCUCCCCCGAACUAGAUCAGCGCCUCGUGUUGGGGUAUAAAAGCCGCGCGCCAAAGCCGCUUUCAAAACACAAACCCAAGAGCAAGCAACGUGGCUAAAACAAGCAAGCAGAAAAUUUCAUUUUUUUGUGAGAUUAUAACUUUUUCGUAAACGUGCCAAAUCAAAUGUGUCAAUGAGGACACCGGACUCCAAAGCGAAGCUUUUAAAUAAUUUAAGCCUCUCAAAGCAUCUAUCCUCCAAAAAGGGUUCACGCACCAGCAACUGCGGCAAUCGCCUGGAAUUCUUCGUGCUCACGCAUCUGACCAACGUGCCCUGA